UCUCUGUGUGUGUCUGUGUGAGGCAGUGUGGGACAUGUCUUCAGACCUCCUGGUGGACCUGGGGGAGGACCCUGCCACUGCACAGUUAGGACAGCUGAAGCUGUCCACCAUAGAGGACCAGCAGUGGCCUCCAGAUGAGUCUGGACUCAGUAAGUCAGAGACCGACGUGUCCCAGGACUUUGUGGCCGGUUCGCCCCACCUGCCCUGGGACCACCCUUUCUACGACAUCGCGAGGCAUCAGAUCAUUGAAGUGGCAGGGGACGAUAACUUCGGCAGGAAGGUGAUCGUGUUCAACGCCUGCAGGAUGCCCCCUCAGCACCAGCUGGACCACCACAAGCUGCUCAUGUACCUGAAAGGAACUCUGGACCAGUACGUAGAGAGUGACUACACCCUGAUCUACUUCCACCACGGGCUGACCAGUGAGAACAAACCUUCUCUGGGCUGGCUGCGAGACGCCUACAGAGAGUUUGACAGGAA